AUGGUACCAACAGUUCCUAAAAAUAGUACACUUGAUUGUGCCGACAGUCAUUCACGAGUGUGGCCUCUCAACUCCUUUAUGCUCCAACAACAUUCCAUUGCUUUAUACUUCUAUUUAGCAUUGUGUAACCAAACUAGUACAGCUACUUACAAUAUUGAAUUGAAGACACAUCUAAAGACAACUGCUGAACCACAUGAACACGAUAUGAUUUGGUGA